GUUUUGAGCGGACCUUUGAGAAAUACGAUGAUAAGCUCGCGCUUAAAAUAUAUAACGACACCCAUUUUCAUCUUUCUGAUAUUUCUCGCGAUUCCAACAUGGGUGGAAUGUGGUAGUAGUAAAAAAGGUUCACCUGCACCACCAGCUGAACCUGAACCAACGAUCGAAGAAGUUUCUGCCAAACAGUUAGAAAAGAUUCUAGCUGACAAGGAUUACGUUGCUGUUUAUUGGUAUGCUAGAAGUUGCGUGACAUGUGAUACAGUUUUAGCUGAACUCGAAAAAAUAGAUGACGAUACUGACUCAUUCGGUGUAGAUUUUGUUAAAAUUAAUGAUAAACGAUUAGCUAAGCAAUAUGGAAUCAAAAAUUUCCCUGCACUUACGUACUUUAGAGAGAAAGAACCAAUCAUAUAUGAUGGAGAUCUUAUGGAUGAAGAAGGUGUUUUGGACUUCUUAACAUCGCUCGAAGCUAUGGAUUUACCUGACAGAAUUGAAGAAGUUAAUUCAAAAAUCUUAUCAAAAAUUAUUGAGGAGACACCAUAUGUAGCUGUUCUGUUUUGUCCUGAUCAUAGUAAUUGCGACCAUGGAUCGAUGAACAAGCCUGAAUGCCGCAAAUGUGCAAAGGCUCUCCAAGAACUUGAAAACAUUGAUGACGAAGCUGAUCAACUUGGAAUUGGAUUUGUCAAAAUUCACGACGAGACCUUGGCUGAUGAAUAUAAUUUGGGAGAUUUACCAAGAUUGGUUUAUUAUCGCCACAAGACACCAAUUAUUUAUGAAAAUGAGUUGUCGCGAGAAGAAGAUGUCCUUGAGUGGCUCAUUGAAAACAAAUCUACUGGCGAUGAUGAAGAUGUAAUUGAGGAAGUGACUGCUAAGACUUUGGGAACACUCAUUCAAAAUAUCGACAAUUUGGUUGUUGUAUUCUAUGACAAAGAUGAUGAGGAUUCAUUGCAAGUUAUUGAAGAAUUAGAGAAAAUUGAUGAUGAUUGUGACAAACAUGGAAUUCAAUUUGUAAAGAUUGAUGAUGCAGGAGCUGCUAAAGAACACGGAGUUAAGGAUUUCCCAACAAUCAUCUACUUUGAGAAGAAGGAACCAAAUAAGUAUUCAGGAGAUUUGAUGGAUGAAGAUGAAAUCUUGCACUGGCUAUUGAGUCACUUGGAAAAUGACGAAAUUGAAGAUGUUGAUGAAGAAACACUCGAGAGAAUGGUCAAGGAAGGACGUACAAUGGCUGUUUUGUUCUACGACAACAACGACAAGAAGUCAGCAAAGGCAUUAGCAGAACUAGAAAACAUCGAUGAUGAGUGCGACCAAUUAGGAAUUGCUUUCGUUAAAAUUGACAAUGCCGAUGAAGCAAAAGAAUACGGUAUUGAUAAAUUGCCAAAACUUUUAUACUUCGAAAAGGGAAUCCCAACAGUCUACGAAGGAAACUUAGAAAAGGAAGAAGAAGUCUUGAGAUGGAUGGAAUUGCAAACAAGUUCAGAUGAAAUUGAAGAUGUCACAGAUGAAAUGUUGGACUUGAUCAUUUCAAAAAUGCAUCAUGUUGCUGUGUUGUUCUAUGACAAAGAAUCGAAAAAAUCACAAAAGGUUCUCGCCGAACUCGAAAAUAUUGACGAUGAAUGCGACCAAAACGAUAUUGCUUUUGUAAAGAUUGAUGAUGACAAUGAGGCACGCGAAUGGGGAAUUGAAGAUUUACCGACAAUGGUCCUAUUUGAACGCGGUAUUCCUCACAUUUAUGAAGGUGAUUUGAUGGAAGAAGAGGAAUUACUCGGAUGGUUAAUACAUCAAAAGAAACAUACAGAAAUCCCUGAAGUGACAGAUGAGAUGAAAGAUAAGUUGAUUGAAACUUUCCCACAUGUUGCUGUUAUUUUCUACGAUAAGGAUGACAAGCAAGAUAUUCGUGUCUUGAAUGAAAUGGAAAACAUUGAUGACGACUUAGAACGUGAAGGAAUCAUUAUUGUACGUUUGGAUAAUGCUGAUGAAGCUAAGGAAUAUGGAUUGGAUCAUUUACCUGCAAUGGUUUACUUUGAAAACAAAAUUCCAGCAAUUUAUGAAGGAGAUUUAAUGAAUGAAGAUGAAGUUUUAGAAUGGUUGGUCUUACAAAAGAAUUCAGCUACAAUUGAAGAAGUUACAGACGAAAUUUUAAGCGAAUUAAUUGAAACACAUGAGUACGUUGUUGUGUACUUUACUGGUGACUGUGAAGAAGGAGAUAAAUGCGAUAGAAUUUUAGAAGACUUGGAAAAUAUUGAUGAUGAGCUUGAUGAAGCUGGUAUCAUUUUCGUGACAACAGAAGAAUUUGACAUUGCCAAGAAAUACGGAUUGGCACCAAAGCAACUUCCAAAGCUUGUAUUCUUCAGAAAUAAAGAUCCAUUAAUUUAUGAAGGAGACUUAGAUGACGAGGAUGAGGUUCUUGCAUGGUUGACUGACGAAAAUACUUUGGAAAUUCCCGGAAAGAUUGAGGAAGUCAACAUGAAAAUGUUGGAAAAGAUUUUGUCUGAAAAUGAUCACAUUGUCGUCUUUUUCUACCCAGAAGGAGACAAGAAGUCACACAAGAUCUUAAAUGAAUUGGAAAACAUUGAUGAUGAGUGCGAAGAAAAGGACAUUGACUUUGUAAAAACAAGUGAUGAAGGCAUCGAAAAGGAAUAUGACUUACCAACACUGCCAGCUUUAGCUUUCUACCGCCAUAAAUUCCGUACUAUUUAUACAGGAGAUUUGAUGAAUGAAGAUCAAAUCUUAAAGUGGGUCUUGGAUCUCAUUGAAGCUACACCCGAUGUUAUUGAAUUAGUUGAUCGUCGUACAUUGCAAGUUUUGAUUAAUGACAUUGAUCAUUUGGCUGUUUUGUUCUAUAGUGAAAGAUGCGAGACAUGUCCAGCAGUUUUGGAGAGAUUAGAAACCAUCGAUGAUGAUACUGACAAGCAAAAUAUUCAGUUUGUUAAGACAAAUGAUAUUAAGCUUGCUCAUGAAAUUGGAGUUUUCUCGUUCCCAGCUUUAAUCUAUUAUGAAACUGGAGUACCAAUUAUGUUUGACGGUAAUUUGAAAAAUGAGAAAAAAGUCCUCCAGUGGCUUGUUGAUCAAAAGAAUGAUGAAUGUCUCUACUUUGGAAUCGAAAAGGGAAAUAGUAAUGCAAAGAAAUCUCAGAAGUCUUAUGUUGAACCAUAUCGCUGUUGUCCAACAAAAUCUGAUAAGUCAUCGAGCAAACUUGCUGUAUUAACCGAAACUGACCUUGGUUAUUCGAAAGCAGUUCAAAAUGAAAUUACAUUUGUAUUUAAAACUGAUGAUGAUGAUAAGGCGGUAGGAAAGACGAAAAAAGAUAAGAAAGGUGCCACAAAAAAAUCCCCACCGACUCCACAGAAGGCAUCUCAAGACUCAGGAAAGGCAUCAAAAAAGGCUGAUAAGGAUGUAGAUGGAAAGAAGGACAAAGAAGAAGUUAAGGAGAAAGAAAGGAGAAAGAAGGAACGUGAGCCAAGAGAAAAGGAUUCAAAAGACAUGAAAGAGAAAGAAGAUAAGAAAGAAAAGAAGGCAAAGGAUAAGAAGGAUAAAGCUAAUUUCAUCACAAUUUCAUGUAAAAUCAAUCUUAAUGAAAUACCAGAAAUAAUCAGUUGCCACACUUUGAUCGAAUAAGCCUCAAAAUUUAUGUUUUUACAUUUCCCAAGCAAGUAGUUUAUUUGUCUAACACAAAAAAUCCAUUUGUAAAAGAAACCACCAGAAAAUUAUAUUUAAAAAAAUAUUAUAGUGCACAAUGUAAUAUUUUGUAGAGUUGUUUAUACACACAAACACAGAGUCUGUUAUAAUUAAAUAAUAAUUUGAAAGUCGUCUAGUUUUUAAGCAGCUCAAACAAACUCGCACAUGGUAAAAAAAAUUCUGUGAUGGUUUUUAUUGAAAUAAAGAGAGAAUUUCUCGCACAUAGAAUCGUGCUGCCAAGAAAAAAAAAAGAAAACGUAAUGAAAUGUAUACAACAAUACACUUUAUUUAAUAAUGUAGUAAAUUGUUGAAUUAUUGCUAUUUUUUUUUUGUUAUUAAGAUAUAUUAUUUAUUUAAUUGUUAUUUAAUUUUUGAGCCUCUAAGAAGUGUCUGAGAUUUUUUGCACUAUUAAUUAUUACGUAAAAAAAUAC